CGAAAUACAACCUUAACCUGUGAUGUAAAACCGGAAGUGAUUUUAGAUUAAUGGCGAUUAUAUUAAUUCGUCUUUAUGACGAAAGCAAGGUUUCCAAGUUCACCAGAGACAAAUUGUCCGCGAUAUGCGAGUGACUGGAAGCGGACAUUUAAACCUCUGAUCAAUGUACUUAUCACAACAUUGAUUUACAACGUUUGGUGGAAGACGAAGUGUAUGUUCUAAAACUUGAAGUCAAGACUCCGCCAGAUUAAUCACACAAAGAAAGAAACUAUAAUUUAUAAAAUUAAAACCACAUACACAGAAGUGAAGAAUUGCCAUGGAAAAUAAUGAUGUUAAAACAUUCCACCAGUGUGUUGUGUGUGAUGAGAUCUUUCAACAAUAUGAUGAUUUAAAAAAACACAAUAUAAUACAUGUUAAAGAAGAGAAAACUGAUGAUGUAGAUGAAUAUUGUCAUGUUAAAGAAGAGAAAACUGAUGAUAUUGAAACAGUUCAUCAGUGUAAUUUAUGUGAUGAAGAAUUUAAAUCGGAUAUUGAUUUAGUGAAACAUUGUGAAUUACAUGUUGAAGAAGAGUUGAACACUGAUAAUGAUAGUGAUAUAGGCUUACUAUCAGCUGAGAGUCAGGGUAGUGAUGUAGGCCUACAAUCAGCUGACACUCAGGGUAGUGAUGUAGGCCUAAAUUCAGGUGACAGUCAAGCUGUAGCAAAACAUAAUAAAUGUGAUGUUUGUAGUAAAUCAUUUACUGAACGAAGUAAACUGCGGAAACACAUGAGAAUUCAUACGGGUGAGAAGCCCUUUCAAUGUGAUGUUUGUAGUAAAUCAUUCACAGACAGUAGUACUCUACAGAGACACCUCAAAAUUCAUACAGGUGAAAAACAUUAUAAAUGUAAUAUUUGUAAUAAAUCAUUUACCUUACGUUGUACUCUUCAGGCACAUGUGCGAACGCAUACCGGUGAUAAACCUUAUAAAUGUGAUGUUUGUAGUAAAUCGUUCACACGGAGUGGAAGCCUACAGACCCACGUGAGAAAUCAUACCGGGAAAAAACCGUUUCAAUGUGACAUUUGUAGUCGAUCAUUCGCUGAGAGUGGUACUCUACACAGACACAUGAGAAUUCAUACUGGUGAAAGACCUUAUACAUGUGAUAUUUGUAAUAAAUCAUUUUCCUUACUUUGUACUCUUCGGACACAUGUGCGAACUCAUACCGGUGAGAAACCUUAUAAAUGUGAUGUUUGUAGUAAAUCAUAUACUGACCGAGGUAAUCUACGGAGACACAUGAUAAAAAAUCAUGUGGGUGAAAAUCAGGGUUCUUAAUCCAUUUUGAAACGAACCAGCCAGAAUUGGGUCAAAUGAGGUUUUAAAAUUGUGAGCUUCCAUUCCCUAUAACCAGACUGGAACAAAAAUAAUUCUUGGUAAUUUGUUAUGAGGAAUAUCGUAUUCUACUGUAUGUAAUUACCACAAAAAUAACGACAAAUAUACUGAGCGCCAUGGAAAACGCAUCACUUUUUUUCCCAAAUAUUUUAUUACUAUGUGGUUUUGUAUGUAUAAUAUUAUGCAAUACUAUGAACUAUUGUUUCACACAAUGCUCCCAAAUGCAAAAAAUAUCGGCCCGUGUGCACAAAAAAACAAAUUGCACGAGAUGCACAUGAAAAACCCAAUAUUCACAUGCAGCGUUGUGCGUGAGCAUGUUUUCAACUUAAUGUGCAGUACAUGAACUGUGAAACGUCAAUCUGUCGUAAUUUGUUAUUGGACCUGUGAAGGAAACAAGCUAGAAAUGCCGAGACUUACUGAAAAUCAACGAAAUGAUGCCGUGACUGUCACCUCCUGGUCCACAACGCGUUACAACCCAGACUCAAGACUACUGCAUCCGGGUCACUCAUCUGCGUAACAGAUUCAGCCCAGCGAUUUGAACAGGUGCAGCAGUCGUUCGGAAGACAAGGACCAGUAAGUGCCAACACCAUAAGACGUCGUCUAAGAGAAGUAGGACUCCGUGCACGACGACCUUAUGUUGGAGCUAUCCUCAGGGAUCAUCAUUGUCAGCGGCGUUUGAUGUGGGCUCAAGGACACCAGACAUGGAGAAGAGUAGACUGGCAAAGUGUGCUCUUCAGUGAUGCGAGUCGCUUUCAUCUUUAUCACGCUGAUGGCCGUCAACGUGUGUGGAGAUGUCUGGGGGAAUGUCUUGCAGAUGCUGCAUCUUCGAAAUGAAUCGAUGGGGUGGGGGAAGUGUAAUGGUGUGGGGAGGCUUCACCGUGAUGAUGUCUUGCAACCAAUUAAUGUUCCGAUGUUUCGAGCACACCCACAACUUCAGCACUUCCAGCAGGAUAAUGCAGGUCCGCAUACCGCCUGUUGUAGUAUGGACUUCGUGGCUGCUAACAACAUCAAUGUCUUGGACUGGCCAGUCAUGUCUCCGGGCAUGGCACCGAUAGAACUUGCUGGGAUGAGAUUGGGCAUCGUCUGUAUCGGAGACCACAGAUGCACACCAUUGCUGCUUUAGAAGCUGCUCUUGUCCAAGAAUGGAACAAUUUGCACCAGGCCUUCUUUCAAACAUUGGUAAAUUCCAUGCGACGUCACUGCACAGCGUGCGUAAGAGUCCGUGGAGGACACACACGCUACUGACAUCUGUGUCGUACUUUUGGUUUUGACCCCCCUGACUUUGUACCGUUGAUUACAGAUUAAACGUCCAUAAGUGUACAAAUGUGUUGCGAUUGAUGUGUUCCCAUUUGAAUAUUGUUCACAAUAAGAAGCAAAAUAAAUAAGAUAUGUUUACAGGAUCAUUUUGUUAAACGAAAAACUAAGUGAUGCGUUUUCCAUGGGACUCAGUAUAGAUAUUUAAUUCACGUACCAGCUUGAUAUUCAUGUCAGUAAUAUUCAUGAAUAAAUUACUGUAUUGGUUUUUUGUUUUUAUUCUUCAUAACACAAUUUGUAUGUUUUUUUGCAAAUGUUUUUAUUCAUUCGUCCAUGAUAGACACAGGGCAUAAUGAUGACGUGAAAACCAUAAUUGAAAUGGCUUUAAAGCGGAAAUUGCAAAUUUUCUAAGAAAGUCAAAACGUAUUUAUUUCUAUGUCUUUUGCUCAAUAGGUUGUGAACUCACAAUUAUACGAUCAUAGGUGUCAUUCUCACACUCACAACUCAUUUACACAGGAAAUAAUAACACAAUUACCUCCCUUGUUUUCUAUUCUCCACCAUGGAGUAGCCUUUUUCAAACGUUUAAAAAUGAAGAGGAAAAUGAUAUUUUUGGCAAUAUUGAAAUACAGGAUUAUUCUUUAACAAGGUAGGACUGUUUAUGGAUACCAUCUAUUUUCAGGUUUUAUUUUAAUAAAAUUUUAAAAAUAUAACUUGUGCUAAUUACUCGGAUUACGAACUACGUGGUCGUCAAGGAAUAUCAUUAAACACAGACACGUCUGUAACUAUUUUUUUAAGAAUUUUUUCCUGAUUUUGUUCUAUCUUAUUCAUUCUCUUCAUAAUAACGUCCAGCGACUGCAUUAUCGUAGAGCUACAAUCACAUUUCUUGCUAGCA